AUGGCCCAGGUUGCCAACGCAGCGCCAGUGCCGGCCACAGCAGAAGCAGAAACAGCAGCAGAAGUGACGGAACGAGCAGCAGAGGCAGUCAGGACAUCUUCCAAGAGGACGCGCGACGUCUUUGCAGCAGAUUUCGGUCAGCCAUCGGCGCUGCAGAAGCCUCCACAGCCCGCCAUCGCACCUGCACAUCCUUCGCCCUACGAACGAGCGCAGAAAGCCAGCGUCGCAGCACGGAUACGCCUCGAAUAUGCCGACGUCAAGGAGCUACCCGCUGCUCUCGCCCAAAAGCAGGCGAAUGCUGCGACAUCACUCGCGGCACGCCGGAAGAAGCCAAAGACUGACGAGCAGGCAAGCGAUCCACAGAUGGCCAGGAUGAUCGAAGAUGCUUCGAGCUCGAGACAGCAGCAAAGUCAGGCGAACGGCACAUCGACAGCUCUGACGAGGAUCAACGGCGCUGCGAAUGCGAAACUUCCACCAAACGCGAAUGGGCCUACACCCCAGCGCAACACACCGUCGACGAGUCUGGUGCGUCGAGACACCGUGAGACAGCAGAGACCAGAAUGGCACCCGCCGUGGAAGCUAUUCCGUGUGAUCUCAGGCCACCUUGGUUGGGUUCGUGCGCUCGCGACAGAGCCGGGCAAUCAGUGGUUUGCGUCGGGCGCAGGCGACAGAACCAUCAAAAUCUGGGACUUGGCGACGGGAACGCUGAAACUGACGUUGACGGGCCACAUCUCUUCAGUGCGAGGCCUGGCAGUGAGUCCACGGCAUCCAUAUCUCUUCAGUUGCGGAGAGGACAAGAUGGUGAAAUGCUGGGAUCUUGAGACGAACAAAGUCAUCCGACACUACCACGGCCACUUAUCAGGAGUAUACACUCUUAGCUUACAUCCGACUCUGGACGUACUAUGCACAGGAGGUCGAGAUGGCGUAGUCCGGGUCUGGGACAUGCGAACACGCUCCAAUAUCCACGUCCUCAGCGGACACAAGCAGACAGUCUCCAGCAUCGUGACACAAGCCACGGAUCCCCAAGUCAUCUCCUCCAGCUUGGACAGCACUGUGCGAAUGUACGAUCUAGCAGCAGGCAAGACUAUGGGUGUCUUGACUCACCACAAAAAGGGCGUGCGCUCUCUCGCCACACAUCCUACCGAGUUCACUUUCGCUUCGGCAUCGCCAGGACAGAUCAAACAAUGGCUAUGCCCAAAGGGCGACUUCAUGAUGAAUUUCGAAGGUCACAACAGUGUCAUCAACUCCCUCUCUGUCAACGAGGAGAACGUCCUCUUCAGCGGUGGUGACAAUGGCAGCGUGGCAUUCUGGGAUUGGAAGACUGGUCAUCGAUUUCAGUACGAAGACAGUGUAGCACAGCCCGGCUCUCUCGAUGCAGAAGCUGGCAUUAUGACUAGCACUUUCGAUCAGACUGGAUUGCGAUUGAUCACAGGAGAGGCAGACAAGACGAUCAAGGUCUGGAAGCAGGACGAGAACGCCACAGAAGAGACGCACCCGCUGGAUUGGCGGCCUACAUUGGGUAGACAAAAGUUUUAG